UCCUUUACUAGAGGAGCUCGAUUGCGGAGACGGCGCUGGCCGCGAGCUCCUGCUCUCGUGCGCAAUUCAGCGAGUGAGUGGUGCUGCUAAUCUGCAUUGCACCCUUGCAUCUCUCCUUUUCUGUUUCCCUUGUUGUUCUGUGCUUUGAUACCCUUCUUCUUGUGACGCAGGGGGGAGCUAUGGCGGGCGCCGCAGUAGGGACUGCACACCUGUGCACGCGCUGCCCCUGUCUGCUCAUGUCCUCGCUCCCUCAGGGCCUCCGCUUCACUGCUCGCCGUCUCGCCUUCUCCCCUCUCUCCUCGCUCGCUGCCUCCUCCUCCUCCUCCUCCUUGUCUCUGUCUCUGUUUCGUCAUGGAGCUUCGUUGCGUGGUCGCGCUGGACCCUUUACUGGAGUCCUUGCCUCGACCAGGCUUGGCCUCGGUGGAAUUCCGCCCCAAAUGGAGCCGUGCGUGCGCCGUGACCUCAGCGUCCGGUCGAAGGUGAUGGAGACCGCUGACGCUGUUAUGGAGGAUAAAGAGGGCGGAGAUGGAGUCGAGCCUGUGCCUUCGUCGUCUGUGCCUGAAUUUAGAAAGAGACUGCGAAUUGCGGACAUUAAAGGUGGCGAGGAUGGGGGUUUGGGACGCGUCGGGGAGACCAUGGUUGUGCGAGGGUGGGUGCGGACUUGUAGAAUACAGAAGACUUUCUCAUUCAUUGAGGUCAAUGACGGAUCGGCUGUAUCAAAUCUGCAGACUGUUGUGUUGUCCGAUGUUGAAGGCUAUGAUAAGGUGGUGCCAGAUUGAGGCAGGCCAGGUCAACACGGGUGCUUCUGUGGCUGUUGAAGGAGUUCUUGUCGAGAGUAAAGGCGCCAAGCAGAAAGUGGAGCUCAAAGCCACAAAGCUGACGCUAAUAGGAGGUACAGAUCCUGCCUCAUUCCCAAUCCAGAAGAAGAAGCUGACCCGUGAGUACUUGCGAAGUGUUGCUCACUUGCGUCCCAGGACCAAUACAUUUGGUGCAGUCGCUAGGGUUCGAACUGCUCUAGCCUAUGCCACUCAUCAGUUUUUCAGAGAGCAGGGGUUUGUAUGGGUGGCUAGUCCCAUCAUUACGGCAUCUGACUGUGAAGGAGCUGGAGAACAAUUCUGCGUUACCACUCUGAUUCCUAGUUCACACGAGGACACUAAAACACCUGUAUCGCAAGUACCUACCACCAAGGACGGGUUGAUUGACUGGUCCCAGGACUUUUUUGGGAAGCCCGCUUUUCUCACGGUAUCUGGGCAGCUCAAUGGAGAGACGUAUGCCACAGCUUUGUGUGACAUCUAUACGUUUGGGCCUACUUUCCGUGCUGAAAAUUCGAACACUACUCGGCAUUUGGCUGAAUUUUGGAUGAUUGAGCCAGAGCUUGCAUUUGCCGACCUAAAAGAUGACAUGGCUUGCGCCACAGCCUAUCUUCAGUAUGUUGUCAGAUAUGUCUUGGAUAAUUGUAUGGAAGACUUGGAGUUUUUCAACCAGUGGGUUGAAAAGGGCAUCAUCACCCGUCUCACUAAUGUAGUAGAGAAACCCUUCGUGCACGUGACCUACACUGAGGCGGUGGAGCUACUUCAGAAAUCUAAGAAGAAGUUUGAAUUUCCGGUGAAAUGGGGAGCUGAUUUACAGAGUGAACAUGAACGUUACCUCACAGAAGUGGCCUUCAGUGGUAAUCCGGUUAUUGUCACUGACUACCCAAAGGAAAUUAAGGCCUUCUACAUGAGGCAAAAUGAAGAUGAAAAAACUGUGGCAGCCAUGGACAUCCUUGUUCCUAGGGUGGGAGAGCUUAUAGGUGGAAGUCAGCGUGAGGAGCGACUAGAAGUGUUAGAGAGACGGAUCGAGGAGCUUGGACUCAGUAAAGAGAGCUAUUGGUGGUAUCUUGACUUGCGUCGAUACGGUUCUGUUCCCCAUGCAGGAUUCGGGUUGGGUUUUGAGAGGCUGGUGCAGUUCUCAACGGGAAUUGAGAACAUUCGCGAUGUCAUUCCUUUUCCCAGAACCCCCAACUCGGCUGAAUUUUAGUAACAAAAAUUAGGUACUGUGUUUCCUACAACCAUUAUCUGUUCAGUGUGGUUGCAGUGAAUACAUUCAUUAGAUUUUCUAUCUAUCAUUAAUUCAUUCUUUUACAUAGUGAGCUCAGGUAUAUGGAAAAACAUGUGUAUUGACUGGGAAAAAUGAAAGGAAAAGUACAGCGCUCUUGCUACCGAAUGGGUGGUUUCUUUUCCUUUAACUUGUGGUAUUGAUGAUUUGAGGGCGUUUCAGAAGUCAUGUGGGGGAUCCAUGAAUGACAACAUUGACAUUGAAUAAGGAGACCAUCCAAUCCAAAACCCUGAAAAGGACUUGAAUUUAGUGGUUAAAUGGAAUUUGAAGGAGACCCCAUUGUCUACGAACAUUUUUAUGCAAGGCUCUGACUUCACUGUGCCAUCUUUGACGGCGGUUGCAAACUCAAAUACUCUGCCUUUGAGAGUCUGUAAAAGCCUGCUAUGGCGAUGAAUACAGAAAACUCAUUCACACUUUCAGUCGAUCUCUGAGAACGCUAAAAUCGAAGCUAAGUCCUGAACUGCAGCUAAUUACACUCUCAAUGCUGCACAAACAUGAAGAACGGUAUCUGAAUCCUGUAAGACUAGUGCAAGAAGCGACAUGUGAAACAUGAACCAAGAUUGUUCAAUAGCUAUAAUAAGUUGAAGCACUUUGUGUGGUAACCAAGUAAUAUCCUUGAAAGGAAUAUCUGAUAAAUGUAUGUAGUAAAGACCUCACAUCUUUAAUCGAUAGCAUGCAGAUUCUCCCGA